UCCCUCUCACAACUAUAAUUGUAUACUUGCUAGCUCGCACGAGAGACGCAACAACAGAAUAUAACAACAGCAGUUUAAAUAGUAGUUCGAUAAUGACUAUAUAUUGCUCGUGGUAACUUUCUUCUCCUCAAUUUUAUGUUGUUGUCUGUUGUUAAUACCUAAGACAUCAAGCUAAUUUACUUGUGAGAAUGUCAAAGAAACGGGGUAGUAAAAAGAAUCAGGACCUUGAUGAUUUUGAAGAAAAAAAGAUGGAUAACCAUGACAUAACCUCAAAGAAAGGAAAAGGCAAGAAGAAAGGCAAGGGUGAUGACGGGAGCGAUGAAGAGAAGGAGACUCCUGUGAAAGUGCACAUGUCUGAUGAGGAGGACUUGGCCAAGCCUGCCCCUAAGAAAUCGCAGAAGAAAGGUAAAAAUCAGAAGAAAGGUGAUGUAUCAGAUGAAGACCUAGACGACAGCAAGUCCACUUUUAGCAAUGCUACCAGCACUGCCUCAAAAUCUACUGUCAAGGCUAGCAAGAAGAAAAAGGGAAAGGGAAAGAAAGAUGAUGAAUGGUCAGAUGAGGACAGCGAUAUUGAACUUAAGGAAGUAUCAGAGGAUGAAAUUGCCAAACCUGUUUCUAAAAAGAAGACAAAAAAUAAAAAGAAAAGUAUAGCAGUGGAAUCUGAUAACGAGGAAGACCAUGAGGAGCAUGGCGAUGCUAAAUCUGUGGUGAGCAAUGUGUCCAGUAAUACGACCAAACCAGCAGUCAAGUCUAAGAACAGGAAAAGCAAAGGCAAGAAGGAGGACUGGCCUGAUGAAGAAAGUGAUAAGGAACUAAUAAUGGAGAGAGAAUCUUUAUCUGAGGAUGAAUUGGCUCUUGUAGUGAAAAGCAAAAGUAAACAUCACAGGAAAAAGAAUAAUAUAGACAAUAUUGAAGAAGAAAUGAAGAAGUUCACUAUUAAUGAGCCUGAGGAAGAGGAAAAACCUGUAAAAGUAAAGAAACCAACGAAAGUAAAGGAUAAGAAGAAAACUGCUAAUGAAGAAAGUGCAGAAGAAGGCGACCAAUCUGACGAUGAAGCUUCAAGGGAAGUAGAUGAUAAGGUGAACCAACUUCCAGAUACUGAGAAAUCAGAGCUCUCGGAGAAGAAGCUUAGUCACAAAGAGAAAAAGAAACUGAAGAAGCAGCAAGAGUAUGAAAAGCAGGUGGAAAUGUUGACCAAGAAAGGCGGGCAAGGACACAGUGAUCUUGACGCUAAUUUCACUGUCAGUCAGGCGCAGAAAUCUGCUGGUCAAAUGGCAGCUCUAGAAAAUGCAGUAGAUAUUAAAGUAGAAAACUUUACAAUUAGCGCUAAAGGCAAAGAUUUAUUUGUAAAUGCCAAUUUGCUCAUAGCCAAUGGCCGAAGAUACGGUCUUGUAGGGCCAAAUGGUCACGGAAAGACCACAUUGUUAAGGCAUUUGGCACAGAGGGCGUUCCCACUCCCUCCCCAUAUAGAUAUCCUAUUGUGUGAACAGGAGGUAACAGCGAGCGAUAAAAGUGCUGUUGAAACAAUUUUGGAAGCUGAUGUUAAAAGGACUGAACUGCUAAAGGAAUGUAAAGAGUUAGAAGCUGAAAUAGAAAAGGGUAACAUGAAAGUGCAGGAAAGAUUGAACGAGGUGUAUGCAGAAUUAAAAGCGAUAGGCGCAGAUUCGGCAGAGCCGCGUGCGCGCCGAAUUUUGGCCGGUCUUGGCUUCAACAAAUCAAUGCAAGAUAGAGCUACAAAGAACUUCUCCGGUGGUUGGCGAAUGAGAGUGUCGCUUGCUAGAGCGCUGUACGUAGAACCAACGCUGCUAUUGCUCGACGAACCUACCAACCAUUUAGAUCUUAACGCUGUUAUUUGGUUAGAUAACUACCUCCAAGGCUGGAAGAAAACUCUCCUAGUAGUAUCCCACGACCAGUCUUUCUUAGACAACGUAUGCAACGAGAUCAUUCAUUUAGACCAGCAAAAGUUGUUCUAUUAUAAGGGCAAUUAUUCGAUGUUCAAGAAGAUGCACGCGCAGAAGAAAAAGGAAAUGAUUAAGGAGUAUGAGAAACAAGAGAAAAGAUUGAAGGAAAUGAAGGCACAUGGGCAGUCCAAGAAAGCGGCUGAAAAAAAACAAAAAGAAGCAUUAACACGUAAACAAGAGAAGAACCGUAACAAAUCGCAACGCGAGGAUGAAGAAAGUGCAGCUCCCGUAACUUUGUUACAACGUCCUAAGGACUAUAUUGUCAAGUUUUCCUUCCCUGACCCGCCGCCUUUGCAACCUCCCAUUCUUGGUUUACAAAAUGUGGACUUCGCCUAUCCAGGCCAAAAGCCUCUAUUCAAAGGCGUUGACUUCGGCAUUGACCUCAACUCUCGCGUGGCAAUCGUCGGCCCCAACGGAGUAGGCAAGUCUACGUUCCUCAAACUGCUAGUGGGAGAACUCAGCCCCGUUCGGGGUGAACUUAUUAUGAAUCAUAGAUUGAGAAUAGGUCGCUUCGACCAGCAUUCAGGCGAGCAUCUCACAGCAGAAGAAUCUCCAGUGGAAUACUUACAAAGGUUGUUCGGUUUGCAAUAUGAGAAAGCGCGUAAAGCUCUUGGAACCUUCGGCCUUGCAAGCCACGCGCAUACUAUCAAGAUGAAAGACCUCAGUGGAGGGCAAAAGGCCAGAGUGGCAUUGGCUGAAUUGACUAACAUGGCGCCUGAUGUUGUGAUUCUGGAUGAGCCGACAAACAACUUAGACAUCGAAAGUAUAGACGCGCUUGCGGAAGCCAUCAACGCGUACAAAGGCGGCGUGGUUAUUGUAUCCCACGACGAGAGGCUCAUUCGUGAGACCGAAUGCGCAUUGUAUGUCAUUGAAGAUCAAACUAUCAACGAGUUGGAAGGAGAUUUCGACGACUACAGAAAAGAACUUCUGGAAAGUCUGGGAGAGACCAUUAACUCACCAUCCAUCAUUGCUAACGCUGCUGUGCAGCAAUAGACCUGUGUACCACGGUAUUUAUCCGGAUUGUAUUGUCGUAUAUAGUGUCGUCAAAUUUCUGGUAAAGGACCGAUUCGUGAAAAUUUUCUAUAUGCACAAAAAACGGUGCACAUUUUUUUUAAAUUCACUAAUAAUGCACACUAUACGACUGCGUACUGCCUUCUGUUUGUCCUAUCAAAAUAAAUUCUAGUACAAACUACCAAUGUUUAUAUUACUUAAUGUUACUUCAAAUAUUUUUAGUAGUUAGACCAUAUGUUUAGGUACUUAACUAAAUGUAAACAAUCUUGGGAUGUCUAUUUAAUGAAAUAUACAUUCAUCAACAUCAUCAACCUGUCGUAGUCCACUGCUGGACAUAGGCCUUCCCCAAUUUGCGCCAUUUCGCCCGUGCCUCAGCUUGUCGCAUCCAUUUUCCGUUAGCAACCUUUCGCAGGUCGUCGCUCCACCUGGCCGGAAGGCGUCCUACACUACGUUUGCCGAGUCGCGAUCUCCACUCUAGAACUCGUUUUCCCCAUCGGUUAUCGGUUCUUCGACAGAUAUGGCCAGCCUACUACCACUUCAGCUUGCUUAUUGCACGAUCUAAGUCGGUGACCUUGGUUCUCUGUCGGAUGACCUCAUUACCAAUUUUAUCAUUCAGAGAAACUCCGAGCACAGUGGCUUUAAAUUGGUGGACUAGCUGUAUCGCGAUUGUCUACGUCAAAUCACGAAACAUACAUUUGUAAAAUGAUUUUUACUUACUUUCAAAUACAAAAUACAAAUAUUUAGCUUCUUAUGAAAUUUUAUACCUAUUGAUUUGUAAAGCAUAUGUUUCAUGUAAAAAGAUGU